ACGCCGCUCCAACACUAAGUCCGCAAUGCAAUCCAAUACAAGCCCCACGCACUAGAGCUAACUUGAUUGAUUACAAUCCAAUACAACAACAAGCUGCCAGUGCGCUCGCCAGAUUGCAAUCAUCAUCGGCCGGCAAUGGCGAGUUCCUGCGCCACGCGCGGCACCUUAUUGAUCGCCGUGGUUGCUUUCGUUGUCGCUUCCGGCAGUGCCGGCGUAGCGGAGGCGAGGUACGGCGGCCCCGGGCAGUGUAGCCCCGUCGCGGCGCUGGUGAGCGAGCGGCUGUACAACUCCCUGUUCCUGCACAAGGACGACCCGGCCUGCCCGGCCAAGGGGUUCUACACCUACGCCUCCUUCAUCAUGGCCGCCCGGACGUUCCCCAAGUUCGCCGCCACCGGCGACCUCAACACCCGCAAGCGCGAGAUCGCCGCCUUCUUCGCGCAAAUCUCCCACGAGACCACAGGUGGCUGGGCGACGGCGCCGGACGGGGAGUACUCGUGGGGCCUGUGCUACAAGGAGGAGAUCAGCCCGGGGAGCAACUACUGCGACGCCACGGACAGGCAGUGGCCGUGCUACCCGGGCAAGUCCUACCACGGCCGGGGCCCCAUCCAGCUCUCCUGGAACUUCAACUACGGGCCGGCGGGGCGGGCGCUGGGCUUCGACGGGCUGCGCAACCCGGAGGUGGUGGCCAACUGCUCCGAGACGGCGUUCCGGACGGCGCUCUGGUUCUGGAUGACGCCGCGCCGGCCCAAGCCGUCGUGCCACGAGGUCAUGGUCGGGGAGUACCGUCCCUCGGCCGCCGACCUCGCCGCCAACCGGACGCCGGGCUUCGGCCUCGUCACUAACAUCGUCAACGGGGGGCUCGAGUGCAACCGCACCGACGACGCCAGGGUGAACAACCGGAUAGGGUUCUACCAGAGAUACUGCCAGAUCUUCAACGUCGACGCCGGGCUCAACCUCGACUGCGCGCACCAGCAGCCGUACUAGCUACCAGUGAAUAAGCACGGGAUCGUGAUGCCGAAACAACGCCCUCGAUCUCGUUUCACUACCUCCGUCCUUAAAAGCUAGCUAGUCCAUUUCUAAACUACCAGCCGCUGUCCUAAACGCCGUAUAUUUAAAGAUGGAGGGAGUAGUUGCUUUUUCUGUCAGUAGGAUUGAUUAAGUAGAUGGCGUUUUGGAUGAACUGACCACGUGUUCAUGCUCA